AUGAGUACCUCGCAAAAGCACAGGAAUUUCGUCACUGAACCCAUCGGAGAGAAGUUGGUUACGGACUUACCCGGUAUUGGCGAGAAGCUGGGAGAAAGACUGGAAGCCAAAGGCUUUGAGAAGGCCUACACAGUUCUUGGCCAGUUCCUCUUGUUAAGGCGGGACGAAGAGCUUUUCAAAGAGUGGCUCAAAGAAGCGUGUGGUGCUAAUGCAAAGCAGGCGGGUGACUGCUACACGGCCUUAAGAGAUUGGUGUGGUUCGUUUAUUUUUUAA